AUGUCUUCAUUAGGGAAUGUCCUUUACAUUCAAGCUGGGGUUGGAGUCCUAGCUAAUAUGUUUCUUUUUGUUUUCUAUAUUUUUAUAAUCCUAAGGAACAGACCUAAGCCCAUGGACCUGAUCUCAUGCCAACAGACUUUCAUUCACAUAAUGUUGUUCUUCACUGCAGGGGACGUUUUGCUUACAAACAUAUUUGAGUCAUUGCACAUUGAGAAUGACUUUAAAUGCAAAACAACUUUUUACAUAAGCAGGGUGAUGAGAGGCCUCUCUAUCUGCACCACCUGCCUCCUGAGUGUGUUCCAGGCUGUCACCAUCAAUCCCAGUACUUCUUUAUUGGCAAAAUAUAAACAUAAACUAAAAAAAUACAUGAUCACUGCUUUCUUCUAUAUUUGGUUUUUCAAUUUGUCGUACAGUAGUAACCUGAUCUUCUAUGUUGGUGCUUAUACCAAUGUGAGUGGGACUAACCAGAUGAAGAUCACUAAAUACUGCUCACUCUUCCCAAUGAACUACAUCAUCAGGGGAUUGAUUUUAACAGUGACAACCUCUAGAGACGUGUUUCUUGUAGCAGUCAUGCUGACUACAAGUACAUACAUGGUGAUAAUCUUGUUCAGGCAUCAGAGGCAUUGCAAGUAUCUUUAUAGCACCAGGCACCUGAGAGAGUCCCCUGAGAAAAGGGCCACCCAGACCAUCUUAGUGCUGGUGGUUUUCUUUGUGGUCAUGUACUGGAUGGACUUCAUCAUCUCAUCCACAUCAGUCCUGUUAUGGAUGUAUGACCCAGUCAUCCUGACUGUUCAGAAGUUUGUGAUGAAUGCCUAUCCCACGAUAACUCCGUUGGUACAAAUCAGUUCUGAUUACAGAAUAAUCAACUUGCUCAAAAACCUGCAGUCAAAAUGCUGCUAG